AUGCUCAUGCGCUCUCUCAUGCGCUCUCACAGGCACUCUCACGAACGCUCUCACGGACGCUCUCACGCGCACUCUCACGCGCUCUCUCACGCACUCUCUCACGCGCACUCUCACGCGCACUCUCACGCGCACUCUCACGCACACUCUCACGGGCGCUCUCGCACGCACUCUCGCACACAUUCUCGCGCGCCCUCUCGCGGGCGCUCUCACAGGCGCUCUCACAGGCACUCUCACGCGCACUCUCACGCGCUCUCUCACGCGCACUCUCACGCGCACUCUCACAUGCUCUCUCUUACUUGCUCUCUCACACGCUCUCUCUCGCGCCUCUCUCGUGCUCACUCACGCACUCUCACGCGCACUCUCACGCGCACUCUCACGCACUUGUAUGCGCACUCUCAUGCGCUCUCUCACAUGCACUCCCACACUCUCUCACGUGCACUCUCCCACGCACUCUCAAGCGCUCUCUCACACGCACUCUCGCGCGCUCUCUCGCACACUCUCUUGCGCGCACUCUUACGCGCACUCUCACGUGCUCUCUCUUGCGCGCUCUCUCACGUGCUCUCUCUCGCAUCUCCCUCUCACGCGCUCUCUCACGCGCUCUCUCACGCGCACUCGCACACGCACUCCCACGCGCACUCUCAUGGCACUCUCAUGCACACUCUCACGUGCACUCUCACGCUCCCUCAAGCACCCUCUCACGCACUCUCUCAUACGCCCCCUCACGCGCUCCCUCACGCACUCUCUCACGCACUCCCUCACGCACUCCCUCACGCCUCUCAUGCGCUCUCUCACACGCUCUCUCAUGCGCUCUCUCGCGUGCACCCUCACGCGCACCCUCACGCGCUCUCUCACUCGCUCUCUCACGCCCGCUCACACGGGCUCUCUCUCACGGGCUCUCUCACGCGCUCUCUCUCGCUCUCUCUCUCUCUCUCGCGCACUCUCACGCCCAUUCUCUCUCUCACACGCUAA